GCCGGCGCUGCCUCCGCUUCCCACCCACUUUCUUCGUGUGUCAUUUUCGAAGCGGCUGUCCUUUCGCUGCGAACCAAGUGCAAGGUAGAUACGCUUGCGAAGGUCGUGUCAGAUAUCGUCGGCACGCAUGCCUCUCAAUUUAAGCCUCAGUCGUGACGGAUAUGAGCGCCUCCCGAUGUACGCGCCCGUCACGUCUCCUCGUCACCGUCGCUCACCGUCCCCUUCCCACCCUGUCCAUGACCGUCCUAACUUCGCAUCUCACCCUAGUGCACGAAAUCAUGAACCACAUCCCCACACGUCGCGCUUCCUCUUGGACCGGCGCACACUUUUCCGCGUGCUCAAGAUCGUGCUCCCCUUAAUGCUCUUUACUGUCCUUGUAGGGUUCUGGUUCUACGAGCCGCACGUCGAAUUCGCCUUCUACUCGCGGACGUGGACGCAGCGCCAAAUCCUGCCCGUGCCCAAGCUCUCUGGGUGUUUCGACGCCCAGCGCGUAAAGCAGACCACUUACGACCUCGCGGACGGGCUGCAUGGUCCGCGAAGGACGAAUAUCCAAGCUGGGAUGGCGAUGCGGCUGGGGAGCGACUGCUACGAUUUUGCGGGCACAGUCCAGUCAUUGCCGCGGAAUUCCUCGUCGUACGUUUCAGCCGACGCACGUACGCAGUACCACACGUACUGGCGGAAUGAUCUGGCAGCGUUUGGCCCAAGACAGGAAUGGAUGCUCAAGUCGUUCUUCGCCACGCAACAUCUUCCAGAGUCGCGAUUGAUUCUGUGGUCGAACGGGGAUCUGGGACCGAAUGAUAUCUUAUCGCACUACUUGCGUCGGUAUCCGGACUCAUUUGCACUGCGCGUCGUUGACAUCCCGUCACUCGCGCAGGGCACGCCCCUGCAAGGAAGUCCGUACUUGGUGCAGAAGGAUAAGAAAGCCUGGGUCGACGGGGAUCUGAUUCGGCUACUGCUACUUUGGACCUAUGGUGGGGUAUGGGUCGACAUGGACUCCCUCCUGACGAGAGACCUCGAGCCGUUAUUAGAGCAUGAGUUUGUGACCCAGUGGGAUUGCUAUGACAAAAUCUAUCAACCGCUCAACGGCGCGCUGAUGCGAUUCAAGAAGCACUCGCCCUAUCUUUGCGAAGCAUUCCAUAUCAUGGCGACAUCCGAAGCCCCGCGGCCAGGGAGCACCGACUGGGGCUCCCUCCUGUACCUGAAGCUAUGGCGGGCGCUCGUUGCUGGAGACAUACCACCAUUCAAAGUGCUGCCCUACUGCUUCAGUGACGGUCGUUCCUGUCGGCUGGAUACUCGCCUGCCAGAUCCCUUCUCUUCGGACGACACGCGCCAGAACAAGAUGGGCAUCUUCGCAGGGAGCAUGGACCAGAACGGCAAGCUCGACAAGGCGCUGAGUCAUGUUUUUGGGGUGCAUUUGCAUAAUCAGUGGGAUAAAGCGUACCCUAAAGAUGGCUGGGUCGAGCGUCUCCUGCUCCGACGAUACGAUGACAGACUUAGAUGAUCUAUCCCGUCCUACAUAAUGACACGAUUUCGUCGGCCUCGAUAAUCGUUCGCUCUUGUUCCCCAAAAGGCAAGCCGGGGACCGUCAUCCUUGAAUAGAUUCGGAUUCGACUCUUUGGGAAACCUUCUCCCAUGAACAUCUUGAUUACAGAUUGCGUGAAACAGGGAACGAAACAAAGAUCUUUCAAGCACGUGACAGUUUUUCCUCGGAUCGAACAGCGAUACAUGAAACACAGCAAAAACAUAGCAAUUAGCAAGUGAUACAGCAAGGCGAGAAUUUGUACAAAGAUUAUCCACUGGGAAAGAAAUGCACACAAGGAAGGAAUAGUAUUAAGCCGCAGGUGGGAAUAAUCUAGUCGUUGUUGAGCGUAAAGGACAUCGGUGGGUCGAGACAACGAGGCCCCAGCUGAUAGGUCGCAGAGAACCAAUCGGAGCGAAAUAUAAUUUUCGUUAUGGCUGCCAGGUACAGGCCGUUUAUGCGAGCGCUGUGGACCAGAUGAGUCGCGGGUGAUGGGUUCGAGGCCGAACAACAUACGGUGUAGAGAUAAAAUAACGGGUUCAGGCUGAGACGGUGCGAACCCACGAUUUGCGUUCGAACUAGACAUAUUUUUGUGUGCAUUGGACCAUACCAAAUGGUGAGGAACAGACUUUGGGUCUCUUCUCUGGAGAAGCGGAUUCGACACAGAUCGAUUUUCGCUUACCACCACGGACUGGAGCGAGCAAGGCAUCAGGCUAUAUCGGACGUCAGAACAGAAACAGUGGAGGACCAAUGACUACUGACCGGAAUGACAGGACUAGCGGCGGAAGCCGUGGUGCUGCUUGAUGUCCUGGAACAGGUCGACGAGUGAGAGAAGUCGUCCGGAUACAACAGCGUGAGGUUGUCCACGUCAUCCAUGCCAAACUCAGAAUCAAGCAGGAAAUCGGGGAUGACUGGAGAGGGCAUAUAUUUCGGGAGGUGCGCGUCGACGUACUUGAUUGGAGGAAGCGGGGCCUUGCGGGGCGCCUGUGCGAAGAGGGUUUCCAUCCACUCCGAAGACACAGUCGAGACACAGGCCCCAGCACCAUAACAAGGCGCUUGCCGAUAUAAAAUGGGUUUGAUGCUGGCUUCGACACUAGAGACAGCGGAACCGAGCGAAACAGCGCUGAACUCUCCGCUGACGGGGACGUCCCGGGGAUCAGAACGGGGGAUGACGACGUUGAGAGAGGGCCUCUGACUGUGGGGAGGACGAGAGAUCUUCCGGCCACGAGCGGGCACAUCCUGGGUCGACAAGGCUCGGAUGUGGACAUGAGUGUGGACCUGCUCGACGAUGGGGAGAGGAAUCCGAGACACCACGUUCUGGGGACAAUUGGCGGCCUUCCUGGUAUUCACAAAGAGCCUAUGCUUGUGAGCGAGGGCACGUGCAUGUCCACUGGGGGCGCUAGAUUCCUUGGCCUCCUUCGCGAUGUGGUGGUAGCGGACAUUGGCCUGGCUGAGAACUGCGCUGAGACGCAAAAAGCGGGCCUGGGAGAGGGUUGUGCGGUGAGAGGACGGCAUGGGAACAGCUGGUGUAGGGUCGUCGUAAAAACAAAGAGGUCGUGCAGCGAGUGGCUCCAAGUACUGCACGUGUAGGAUGUGUCGAGAGAAGGCCCGAAUGCAGACGACAAAGAAAGUGCAAGCCGUAAAAUCUUGUACUGGCUGGAGGCAGUGACAAGGAAGAGAGAACGUUAAAAGAGGAGUAAUGGGAUGCCACUUCCUUGCUCGCGGGUCCUUAUGCAUUUAACACUUGGACCCACAGUCCCAUCCGUCAGUAAAAGGAACAAGAACAAGCCCCAAAUGGGGCAUAGACUAUUGUCGUGUUACAAGCGCUGGGACCAUCGCGGUUCGAUCGCCCCCCGAAAAGAACAAGAGCGAAAGAC